GAUCACGCGCUGGAGGACUCUUCCGGGGCCGGGGCCAACCCAAGGUGUUGCUGUCAGGGCUGCACGGCGGGAGCUGGGAACCAUCUGCCCACCCAGGCGGGCCAGCAGCAUCCUAAGAGUGGCCUCAUACCUUUUCGGUUCUGGUUCGCCCCCCUCGGCCUGAGACGGGGAGCUCGCAACUGGGAACUGGCAAAACUGACCCAUGGACAUGAGGCAGUCAGCCAGUACCUCUUCCUCUCUCUGAGAGUCUGGGACAGGAACUUGAGCCAUCUCAGUGCUGCCGCCCGAGGAUGAUCGCGUUUCUGUCGAUGGGGGCGACCCUCUCCACCUCUGCCUGUCAGCCCUGGCCGAGAGGGGAGCCCAGAGGAGGCGCCCUCCCGAGGCCACCACUGCCCAUGCAGUCCAUCCAUUCAGCCAUCUGGCUACUGAUGUCAUGAGUAACACGACAGUGCCCAAUGCCCCCCAGGCCAACAGCGACUCUAUGGUGGGCUAUGUGCUGGGGCCUUUCUUCCUCAUCACCCUGGUCGGGGUGGUGGUGGCCGUGGUAAUGUAUGUGCAGAAGAAAAAGCGGGUGGACCGGCUUCGCCAUCAUCUGCUUCCCAUGUAUAGCUAUGACCCUGCAGAAGAACUCCAGGAAGCUGAGCAGGAGCUGCUCUCUGAUGUGGGAGACCCCAAGGUGGUUCAUGGCUGGCAGAGCAGCUACCAGCACAAGCGGAUGCCCCUGCUGGACAUCAAGACAUGACCGUCCACACUCCACCACUCACCCAGAUAGGUACAGGAGCAUCUGUCUAUUCUAACCACCUACAGCUGGCCCCGAGCCAAGCCUUCCAGGCAGCCGCUCUUCCACACUAGCCUAUUCCCACGGUGACAGGUCCAGAUGUAUAGGUGUAUAUGUUUUGUAAAUAAAAACUUUUGUGGCUUCAA